UCACCAGCAGUUUUUUGUUUUAUUCUCAUUGUUGUCUGUUGUUGUCAAUUGAAUUUACUAAUAAAUUGAUUUUGUAGAAUACUAAAAUGGGCAAACAUUUUGGUGAACUUGCUACAAUUCGUGGCAUAAUCGCCUACAAAAUAUCUCCUCAUGAACAGAAACCGUUUGCUGGAGCCUUUUCUUACGGAAUUCCAAAUUGUUUUCGAAGAUUUCGAGAAUGUGUUUUUGUCGUAGUCCCGCCUUUCGUGGUGGGGUACUUGGUUUACAAAGCCGCGGAAGAAGCUCACUAUUUGUCUAAAAGAAAGAAUCCUCGAGACUUUAUGUUCGAAGAAGACCCAGAAGCUAAAUAAUUGAUUGAACUACAUAUUAAGCUUUGUUUAUUUAAAUAAAUAAAUUGUUAGUUCUAUUA